AUGUCCAUCCCCACAGAAAGUUCCACCAGCACAGCAGCAUUGGAGGGAACAGGGCCCCCCAGCAUCAAGGCUGAGGAGCCAAGGCCCCAGGAGAGGCUCAGCCCGACAGAUGACAUCACAGAGAACCCAGCUGAUGUGGCCACCACAGUGGAUGCACUUCCUGAGGAAAAUGGAGACAGGCACAGGCCAAAUCCUGCUGCAGGAGACUCCGAGGAGGUGACAUAUGCCCAGCUGGACCAGCGGGCCCUCACACACUCCAGGACAGUGCAGGCUGCAGGUCUUGCCAUGGGCCCCCACCCCAGCCUCCUCCUGGUCCUCGUGCUCUGCCUGGUCCAGACCAUCCACAUGCAGAGGGGGCUCCUGCCCAAACCCUCUAUCAGGGCUGAGCCGGGACCUGUGAUCCGCCGGGGACAGCCUGUGAUCAUCGUGUGCGGGGCCCCAGACUGGGCUGACCUAUUCCGUCUGGAGGAGAAGAAUAUAAGAUCUUCUCAUUGGGAUGAGAGAAGCAAGUCUCAACAUGGUUCUCGGGGGAAAGAGGCCACAUUCCACAUCGAUGCCAUGAGUGAUGACACUACCAGGAGUUAUCGCUGCUUGUAUUGCCAAGGGACCCUCUGGUCUGAGCGCAGUGAGAUCCUGGAGCUGAAGGUGACAGCUGAGGACGUCAUCACUCCACCCUCAGGUUUGCCCCAGCUUCUUUAUAUUCUUGUCGGGAUCUGUGUGGCCUGUCUGCUUUGUCUCCUCCUCCUCCUGGCCUUCCCCUUAGUCCACCGUAAGCGUCAGAAAAAACGUGGGCCCCCCAGCAUCAAGGCUGAGGAGCCAAGGCCCCAGGAGAGGCUUAGCCCGACAGAUGACAUCACAGAGAGCCCAUCAGAUGUGGCCACCACAGUGGAUGCACUUCCUGAGGAAAAUGGAGACAGGCACAGGCCAAGCCCUGUUGCAGGAGACCCCGAGGAGGUGACAUAUGCCCAGCUGGACCAGCGGGCCCUCACACGGAGAGCAGCUCUCACUGAGUCCCCACAACCCACAGAGCCCACAGCUGAGUCCAGCAUGUAUGCAGCCCUCCCCAGACACUGA